AUGCAACAAUCAUCAAGAUCUACCAACUGUAAUACCAUUAUGUUGGAUGACAUUGAUAUGGAACUGGUAAGAAGAAAGUAUUUUGGAACUGCUAAAAAUAACAAAAGUAGCGGUGGUAAUAAUGAUGAUAACAUGACAGGACAUUCAGAAAUGAUGGCAUCUUGUACUAGGCUUUAUGAUCAGCUAGAUAAAAUAUCAGAUUUACUUUGUGAUUUCACUGAAUUAUCUAAAACAUAUCUUAAAAAGGAUUCAAAAAAGUUGAUAGAUUUACAAAAUAAAUGGUCAAAAAAUAUUUUAAAAAUGGAAAACUUGGUUAAGCAUUUGAAAAUUUUAGCAUGGAAAGAAGUAAAAACUAACUAUGUUAUAGUAUUGGAUAGUGAUGAUGAAAAACCACAAGGAGUUAACAAAUGUGAUGAUGAUUUUGUUGACGGCAUUAUGAUAGGUACAGAAUCUAAUCCACUUGAAUUUUUGAAGAAUAUAAAAAAUACAAUUGAAAUGUAUGAUAAUGAGUUUGAUUAUAGAAUUAUAAAUGGGUUCCCAUUAAAUUUCAAAGAAAAAGGUAAAGAACCACAACCAAUAGUUCCAGAAAUUAACAAUAUUAAUAGUAAUGAUUGUAAAAAUAAAAAAGAUUGCAGUGAUAAUGGUGGUAUGGAAUUGGAAGUUGAAAUUGAUACAUCAAAAUUGGAACCAAUCGAUAAACUUGGAAAUUUGCAGUGUAUAGAUUUCCAUCAAGGUAGUGGUGAUGUUAAUGAAAUGGCAAUUCAUAUUUCAAAGUUCAAAAAUCAUGAAGUGCCUAAACUUGCAAUUGCUUACAUUGCAAAUCAUGACCCAAAAUAUAAUAUGGCAGGUAAUUUACAAUUAUUUGAUGCUAGGAAAGGAACUGUAUAUUAUUUACAAGGACAUUAUGAUUAUCAUACAGAAACUACAAAUGAAAAACUAUGGAAAUCUGUCACGGACGUGAAAUUUUCCCAGGGAGGGAAAUUUAUUUACUCUUGUUCUACUGAUAAAAAAGUUAUUAUCUGGUCAUCAAUAGGUAAAGAAGAUCAAAUUUGUACUCCCUUGGCAGCUGUAGAAUGUGAAGACACUGUAAAUCGCAUUGUUGCUAAACAUGACAAAUCUAAGGCCACGUAUCAAUUUGCAUCAUGUGACAAUUCAGGCAGCAUCACAUGUUUUAGUUUGAACGCAGAUGAAGGCAAUUCUUAUAAGUUAGAUAAAAAUAUUUUGCAAGUGAAAACAAAAACAACAAGUGCUCCACCUAUUGUUGACAUAAUUUAUGGUAUUGACUAUUUUGAUCAGACCAUCAUUGCCGGUUUUGAAGGAGUUGAAUCACAGAAAGAUGGUUUUAUAAGAUUAUGGGAUAUAGAAACAAAAAGAAAGUUAGUUGAUUAUAAGAUAGGCAGUAACAAUAGUGUGAGUUGCUUGGGAAUGUCAACAUCUGGAUAUCGGGUGGCAUGUGGGGUGACAUCAACUAGUGACCAGGUUAGGAGUGAUGGGAAUAUACGUUUGAUUGAAUUAGAAUCUAACGAAAAGAAAAUAUAUCAAACCAAUGAAUAUGAUUCAAAUGUUAUUGCAUUUUCACCAGAUGAUCAAUAUAUUGCAUUGGGAGGGGUGGGGAAUAAAGUUUGGGUAUUUGAUACAAGAUAUGAAAACAAGCCACUUCGAAUGCUUUCUCACACUACCCCAAAUGAUGGACUGAUAUAUGAGGGAAUCAAUGGAAUUCAAUGGAUUAAUAGUAACAUGAUUUUAACUGGAGGCUCAGAUGGUAUUGUUAAGUUAUGGAAUAUUAAUAAAUCAGAUAAUUCAUCCACUUGUUUGAAAUACGAAUUCCCAGAACAUGAUAGCCCAAUAACAUGUAUCAGAGCAAAUGAAGAUUUGAAUUAUUUGUCAGUUGGUGUGUCAACAGGACGUGUUUACUUAUACUCUACUGAUCAAGCUGUAUUGAAUAAUAGGGACAAUAUUAAAUUUUAUUGCCGUAAUGAAUAG